AUGGGUAUCCAGAGACUGGCUAGGCGUCUCGAGCCCUACGCGACGCGUUAUUCCUCCGAGCAGCUGGACGGCUACUCAGCCGUGGUAGACGGCCCUGCGCUCGCCUACUACGCUCACAAAUUGGCUCUCGCUUCGGCCGCUAGCGCGUCCAGAAUACCGUCUUAUGCGGACAUCGUUGCUGAAGCAAUACACUGGCUGGCCUCGUUGGAGAAGAGCGACAUCAAGGUGUCUGCCAUCUACUUUGACGGAGCCCUCCCCAUAUCAAAGCGCACAGAGCGGUUGUCCAGGACGGAAGCGAACAACAGACGGGUGCAGCAAUUUCGCAAUAACUAUGCUACUGUCUCAUGUCCUAUUCCGACAUAUUUAGGCUCGAUAUCGUACGCCUUUCUUGCACCUGCACUCCAAGAAGCGUUGCUGGAUUCGCCGUUUUCUUCCAAGACGAAGACCGUACCUGGAGAAGCAGAUGAUUGGUGCGCAUUGCAUGCAAAGGAGAAUGCAAAAUCUAUCAUCUUUACGAGCGAUACGGAUCUUGUUUUGUACGACUACAGCUUCGACACACUGAUUGUGUUCCUCCACGAUGCUGAUGUGACCACGGGCAUUAAAGCAUAUUCACCCAACGAGAUUAGCAAGCAACUACAACUCAAAAGCCUGGUGCCCUUUGCAUAUGCUCUCCUUGAUGGCCCACAAGACAGCUCAAAGCUCCUAGCUCACACAGCCCAGGCAAUAGAUCAGAGCUCGACACCUUAUGUCGAUUUCGCCAGGCGCUACGUUGCAAAGGCUCCGAGUCCCAGCGCGACGUCUAAUCUACCAAUGUCAGAUGUUCGGAUAUCAGAAUACGUCCACCAAGCCCUCAAUGGACUCGAAUCUCCAUUCGUAUACAUGCCUCUGCUGGUUGAAGACCCCAACCAAGCGUCCGCAUGGAACGUGGGACAAGAUAUUCGUACAAUAGCAUACUCUCUCCUCGCUCGAAAGCCAAACAUGAUCGUACACGAGUAUCGGCGAAAAGCCCAAGGUAUUAGCGUUCAAGAAAUCUCUACCUACUCUUCCACGGAUCUUGCAACUUCCGCAGCAGAUCUAGAGCGCCAGCUGCGCACCCUGAGAGAAUGGGCAGCAGCGCAAUCGGAUUUUGUCAAACCAGCACUUCUAUGGCCGUUAUUCGGACUCAGCUUCGUCCUUGCAGAACUCAACACGCCGCCUGCGAUCCUUCUCGUCCAGCGCGUACUCAACGGCGAGUUCGAUAACAGCUGGGCGUUUGUCCAUCUGACUGCCAGGAUGCACGCAGCUAUUUAUUCAUUGCGCGUGUUGACCCAGAUUAUAGGCGUGUGGCUGGUUCUCCACCCCACGAUACCCACCUACUCGACUGAAAAGUCAAAAUUACACACUACCCUAUCCAGCCUGGCAACUCACAUGGCCGACUUCCCUUGCAUACCCGAUGUACUUGGUGUGCCUGGGCAGGCGAAGAAGGUGGUGGCGCAGCAUGAUGUGUUGAAGGGGUUGGUCGAAGAGAUUUAUCGGUCGAACGGGGCGCAGGUGCUGAGCGGGGAUGGAGUGAGUAAUAAGAAGAAGAAGAAGAUGGCGAGGGAACAGGAGAGGAAGAAGAAGAAGGCUGAGGUGAGGGCGCAGGGGAGGUUGGAGGGGAGUGGGUUUGCGUUGUUGGGGGACUGUUAG